AAUUGGUAGAGGGAGGCCACUAUGUGCGCAUGUCCUAUACACCAGUCGACAUAGAUCAGAAACAUUUAUUGGAUGCACAAUGGCUACUGUAGGUGCUCGUGUAUCGUGCCUGUGCUACACAGUAUGUACAACUACAAAAACAUGCAAAGCUCAUGGCAACCGUGUGGCAUCGGCUCUCAACGAGGAAUGCAAUAUGCAGGUUUCCCUCAUCCUCAUUGCAAAGUACGGAGUACUCCGUGGUUAUUCGCCUCUCUCCUUCUCCUUCUCCUUCUCCUUCUCUGCUGAGUCUACUCGGUGACUAACGUACUCCCUGGAUGGAUGAAUAAUGGAGCCUGAUUGCACAAAACCACAAUCAAAAAAGACAAGGCUGCCAGUGGCUAUGGCUAGCUCUGUCAAAUUGGUUCGUUCCUAGGUAA